AUGUCGUCAUCGCAGGCCUGCGGUGGGGCCCACGAGGCCACAGAAGCUGCUUCUGCUUCCGCUGCUGCUGCUGCUUCUUAUUCUGUUUCUGCUGCUGCUGCUGACUGUUUCCCUCGGCGACGUGGGCGCGGGCGUCCCCCUGCUGCUUGUGCUGCGGCGCGCGUGCGUAGAGGCGCGUCUUUGACUGAAGCAGCAACACCAGCAGCAGGAGCAGCUGCCGCUGCUGCUGAUUCUGAUUUUGCAUGCAGCUUCAGUGGGAAAGGCAGCAGAUUGCAAGAGGCUUCUGCUUUGCUGCAGGAGACAGGAGACGAAGCUGUGGGGUCUGCUGAGCCAAAGGAAUCAGCAGCAGCAACCAGCUGCACCGUCUCUAUCAGCAACAGAAUGGAAGUAAACGGCAGUUUAGAAGCUGAGGAUACACCGCAAGCUGGAAGAAUCGGAGGGAGAGGAAGAGGGAGAGGAAGAGGAAGAGGAAGAGGGAGAGGAAGAGGAAGAGGAAGAGGGGCGAGGAGGCAGCUACAGCAGCAGCAGCAGCAGCCUUUGGAGUGUAUAGACAGCAGAGAAGAAGGUGAAGACAGCAGCGGAGAUGAUGGAGGGGGAACUGCAAGCUGGGCAAUAACAGAAGAAGACUUUUGCUGCAUAGAGGAGCAACCGAAGCGCCGCAAAAUAGAUGCAGAAGCAAACGACGCAUGCAGCAGCAGCAGCAGCAGCAGCAGAUGCUGCAGCCCAGCUGUAGAGGCCCUGCACGGACUGCUGCAGCCGUCUGCUGCUGCUGCAGCACUAGCAGCAGGAAUGAGUAUUUCUGCUGUAUUGGAGUCAGCAGCAGAACGAAGACCUCAUGAAGCUGCUGCUGCUGCUCCCUGUCUUCACUCGCAUUCGCUGCUGCUGCUGCAUGCACUUUAUAGAGAGACAUUUGAGGGGUACUUCCUCUCUAUGCUUCAAAGGGGCGUGCCGCAGCAGCAACAGCAGCAGCAGCAAGCAGAAGGCCUGAGAGUUGAUAUGCAUGCGCUUCUGCAGCAGUUGUCUUUGUUUCCUCUCCCUGUUCUGCUGCAGAAGAACCCCACAACACAGCAGAAGCAGCAGCAACAGCAGCAAGAAUGCUGCUGUUGCAGAAUCCACAUUGUUAGGCCCCUGAGCUCUUCUUGCCUGCCUGCAGCGACAGCUUGCUGCUGCAGCAACAGCAGCAGCAGAAGCAGCAGCUUACAGACAGCUGGUGAGGCAGAGGGCGACGACCUUUUAAAUGUAGGGGGGAAUGUCUUGGCCUUAGCAGUCUCAGAGGAGAUUGGAUUCAACUCAACAGCAGCAAGUGCAUGCAGCAUCAGCAGCAACUGCAGCAGCAGCAGCAGCAGCAGCAGUGGUACUCCCGAAGCAGCUGGAUCUGCUGAUGAAGAGGAAGGGUUUGUAGUGCUUGCAGUUGCCGUGGGGACGCAGCCCUCAGCAGCAGCAUCCACACCAACAUCAGCAGCAGCAGCACCAGCAACAGCAGCAGCUAUAGCACCACCAGCAACAGCAGCAACAGCAGCAACAGGAGAGCGAGUUGGGGGUUUGCUGCAGCUCUGGCAAAUUCCAAACAAAUCUCCGAGACAGCCGACGCUGCGCCUUUUGCUGCAAACACCCGCUGGCAGCUGCCGCAGUUUGCAUUGGGUGUCUAAGUCGCAGCUAUUGCGGCGUCCUUGCAGCAGCAGCAGCCACAGCAACAGCAGCAGCAGCAGCAGCGGUUGCUACUGCUGCAGCUACUGUGGGGUUGAGAUGGAGUUCUGCUGCUGCCGCGUGGGGCUGCUGCUCGCUGUAGCGGAGGACGGCAGUCUCUGCAUGUGGUCAGUGCCUCUCAGCCCCUUCCAGCAGCAGCAGCAGCAGCUGCAACUGCAACAGCAGGUGUAUGAUAGCCGUCGCUGCUGCGUACUGCCGCCUGUCUGGCGCUACACUUCGAGUCUUAUCCGCUUCUUCUGCUGCGCGGCAGCGCCUGCUGCAGCAGCGGCAUCGAUGGGAGCAGCAGCAGCAUCAACAGCAGCAGCACCAGCAGCAGGAGCAUCAACAGCAGCCGCAGAAAGGGAGGAGCCGCUUGUGGUUGUGGCGGGCGGCAGCGGAGGUCAAUUAUACAUCUUUACGUUUUUUGUAGAGCCGUGCAACUGCAGCAGCAGCAGCAGCAACAGCAGCAGCAGCAGCAUGGGGUAUUGCAAGCGUUGGCGUUAUUUAAUUGCAUGCACUGAGAAUGCUUUGCUGCUGAGUCUGCAGCAGCUUAAAGCGCAGCAGCUGCCGGUAGAAGCCCUUAUUAACAGCAGCAAAACAAAUAAACAACACCAUAAAGCUUAUAAACUUCAUCACCAUCAGCAGCAGCAGCAGCAGCAAAUCAGACAAACUGAUGAAUGCUGCAGAGGCUGUGCUGCACUCGCCACAAGAGCCUUCUUCGUCUUCGCAGGAGGAUGGUUGAUAGAGGGGGAAACAACAGAAUUCGAGACUAAGGGAAAUAAUUUGAGCUGCUGGCAGUGGAGGCUCGCAACAGAAGAAGAAAACAAACUUGCUGCUGCUGCUGCUGCAACAACACAUGUUGAUGCAGCAGAUAAUGCUGCAGCAGCAAGUCAUACUGCUGCACCAAAUAAUGCUCCACCAGGAAGUCUCGCUGCUGCAGCAGAUGAUGCUGCUGCAGCAGCAGAUUAUACAGCUGCUCAGGAGAGGGCGCUGCAGCAACUGCAUGCACAGCGAAGGCUGCUGCUGUAUCGCUUAAAGAAACAAAUGACGAACCCUGCUGCUGCUGUUGCUGCUUCUGUUGGUGCUGCUGCUGGUGCUGGCACCCCAGCAGCAACAGCAGCAGCAGCAGCAGGGGGCGAGAGACAGCAGGAAGCGAUGCAUGCAGAAGGAAUGCUGCAGCGCGUUCGCAGCCUUCUGCUGCUGCAGCAAACGGAAGAAAGAAUUGAGUUAAUAGAAAAGGGUUUGGUUAUUGAAGAAUUAAAAACAGCACAUGGGGAGAGGAGAGAAAGAAGAGGAAAAAUGUACAGCAGCAGCGGCAGCAGCAAAAGGGACGCAUGUAAAAACUCUCUUCUGGAUUUACACAAGUAA